GAGAAUCAUGAUAGCAUACUUGUCACGGGGAGUGGUUUGCAUAUUAAUAAACAGUAUAUAUGAGCCUUUUCCACAGAGAUCAGCACUCAGAGAGGCUCCUGUGCACUGAGGAAGAGACCACAUAGCACUGCACCAAAGACCCAGCAUGCCGCACUACAAGCUGACAUACUUCAAUCUGAGAGGAAGAGCAGAAAUCAGCCGCUACCUGUUUGCCUAUUCAGGCAAGAAGUACGAAGAUCACAGGAUAGAAGCAGCAGACUGGCCCAAAAUCAAACCAACUAUCCCAUUUGGAAAAAUCCCUAUUCUGGAAGUAGACGGAGUUAUCAUUCACCAGAGCCUGGCGAUAGCAAGAUACCUUGCCAGAGAAUCAGGGCUAGCAGGUCAGACUCCCAUGGAACAGGCCCUGGCUGAUGCUAUUGUGGACACCAUCGACGAUUUCAUGACACUUUUCCCAUGGGCAGAGAAAAAUCAGGAGGUGAAACAACAAGCAUUUAAUGACAUCCUCACCAACAAAGCACCUGAGUUAUUGAAAGAUUUGGAUACUUUCCUGGGGGAUAACAAAUGGCUGGUGGGGAAAUCUGUAACAUGGGCCGAUUUCUAUUGGGAUGUAUGCAGUACAACACUUCUGUCCUGCAAACCUGACCUGGCAGACAAGUACCCCAGGCUUUUGGCUCUCAGGGACAGAGUGCAAGCACUUCCUGCUAUUGCAGCCUGGAUCCAGAAGAGACCAAAGACGAUAAUGUAAAUCAGUUGUCCAGUAGAAAAACAAAUUCAUGUUUUGAUUAAAACACCGCAAGCAUC